UUCGUUCACCGAAUCUUUCUGGGUUAGGUUUGUUUGUUCCUUUGUUUCAAAAUCAGAAAAAGAAGAAGAACAAGUCAAAGACGAUACCGCAACAAUGGCGUCCUCUAACCUCCUCCUUGCAAUCUCCGUCGCAAUUAUCCUCUCAAUCACCACCAUCUGCGCCGCACGUCCUUGCAAAACCUUCCUCAUAUCCUCCUAUUCCCUCUCAAUAACCCCAGAAAACCCUAACCUCGAAUCCGAUUUCACCUCGACACGAUUCGUCACCGUUUUCACCAUCCGUCGUCUCAAUCCUCACCACGUCGUUCCUUUCUUCGUCAAUCGUCGUCACGAGACGCCACAGAUCCAACGAUCGGAGGAAGAUCGUCGUUCCCAAUUGUCUCUCCCUAUGGGCUCCGAUAACAUCAAUUCGUUCAGAGAUCGAACCAGAGACAUUCUCAGCGUCGUCGUGGCUCUCUUGUUCGGUGUUGGUUGUGGUGCUUUGACCGCUGCUACUAUGUACCUUGUUUGGGCUCUCGUUGUGAACCGUCAGAGCUAUGAUUUUGAGGAGGAGGAAGAAGAUGAUUAUGAGAAUGAGGAAUCUGAUGCUGCUAGCUUGAAGAAGUUGGGUUAUGUUAAGAUUCCAGCUCCAGCUCAUGUGAAGGAGGAAGCUGCUUGAUUUGAGGUUGUUUGUUCUUAUCCAUAUUACUUGGAAAAAAAAAAACAAAAUUCCUUUUGUGAAUUCAGUUUCUGCAUAUUAUCAUGAUUUACGUUUGUUUGUUGCUUAUCCUAUGUUGCGUUUUAAGUAAUCUAAAACUUAAUAUACUCUUUUAAGUAUCAUCAGUGCUUUAACGAUUUGUAGUGGAUGUUUGUUAUAUAAAGUGUGAUUAUGAUGUUUCCU